AUGUCGUCGCAAAUUCGUGUAAGGUUGAUCGCCUGGAGGGUUGCUGAUGAUGUCCUCGACCUCCGCGGCUACAUGAACAUCCAGUUGAGAGAUGACAUGGUAGUAUUUUGUCAGCUCAAGAGGAGGAGCAAAGGCUGCCGUGGCUGCAGCGGCUGCAUUGGCUCGUUGUUGUUGCUCUGCAUGAAGGGCGGCAGCGGCAGCGUCAUCGGCGAGAGCUCGCUGCUGUAUAUCGGCGUGAUCUCGCGGUUCUAUCUGCUGCAGGAGAUGGGCGUUGCGACAAAACUCGUUAUCACCUUCAAAUACCAUCGUUGUAUCACGUCGGGGUCACCAAAUUCCAAAGACUGUGAAGCCAAGAACGUCACAUUUGCCAAAUAUGAAGAUCUCCGUUUAUUCGUAGAAACUAGAAUUCGCACACUCUAUCGACUUGAUGCGAGCUCAAAGGACUCUGGGAUAGAUCAAGCUAAAGUGUCAAAAGGAAAAAGCACUGGCAGGCAAGCAACUAACUCGCACCUCACUGUCAACCAGAAGAGCUCAGUGUCAAAGAACGCCAGUAUAAAAUGCACCUUUUGUGCUGAGCCACACAACUCAAGUUCAUGUAAGGAAUUUUUGUCAAAAACUCCAACUGAGCGGAGAGCGAUCGCUCGAACUAAAAGGCUGUGCUUUAAUUGUCUUGGCACCUCACAUUUGGUGAGCGAGUGCUCUUCGAAGUACCGAUGCAGAGCUUGCCAAGGAAAGCACCAUACAAAGCUCCACAUAGAUCAAGCAGAAGCGGGUGGAAAACCAGCGGAGCUCGCAAAUAAUGAGUCAUUCAGCUCUGCCGAAAGCUCGGACGCUCACUUGAAAACAGUAACGAGUACGCUUGCCUCCCUUACGCAUCGUCUCAAAAUGCUAACCACCGCCAUCGUAACCUUGACCUCUGAUAAUGGUUUGACGUUUCAAGCUCGUGCUCUUCUAGACCCGUGCUCCGAAGAGUCAUAUGUUUCUGAAAACGUAGCUAAAGCUUUGGAGCUGGACACUCACAAGACACUCAUAGCGGUUAAUGGGCUUGGCAAUUCCACGUCUGUGGCCAGGGGAUGGGUCAAUCUUAUUGUAAAAUCUCCCUCUGAUGCUGACUUUAAAUUCCAGAUUGAAGCUCUCACGAUGUCAAGGCUCACUUCCAAGCUUCCAUCGGCACCAAUUGACACUCAAUCAUGGACCCACCUGCACAAUUUAGACCAUGCCGAUCUCUUUCACGCUACACCAAGCCCAGUCGACUGUUUACUAGGAGUGGAUGUUGUCGCAGCUGCAUUGCGACCUGGACUGAUUACGGGCCCUGCUGGUACACCAACAGCGCUAAACAUGGUCUUCGGCUGGGUGCUAAUAGGGAAAGGACAACAGCAAGGCGGUGAUGUGACCCAAGCUUUCUCGUUGACUGUCAACCACGAGCUUUCCGCUGCACUGCAAGCCUUUUGGGAAGUGGAAGAGAUCUCAGCCCCGAAGCUCAUGUCACCGGAGGACACACAAUGCUACGAGCACUUCAAGGAAAAUAUUCAGCGAGACCACACAGGUCGCUUCAUCGUGCGAUUACCGCUCGUGAAGACACCAGCGCUGAGCAACUCAAAAAACAAUGCACUUGGCGCACUGCGACGAAUGGAGCGCCGACUUGAAAACAAUGCAGAACUGCGUGAAGCUUACAAUAAGUUUAUGGUAGAAUACGCUCAGCUACUGCAUAUGUCUUCGUUACCAGAUCGCACCAAGGACGAAGAGACAGCCAUAUGUCGACAUCAUAAGGCUAUUGAACUAGGUGGAUGCUGGCUCAGGCCCGAGUCGACGGUUUCGACAUGCACAGGCAUGACAAAACUGUCGACCGAAGCAUCACCUGAGUCGGAAUAUCCAGUUGUCAAUGACCGAUUGAUGCUGACAAAGGACUUCCCACCUCUAAAUGCACCUGAGGAGCAACUAGAACAUCGACGAACUAAUCAGUCGAUGUUUCACCCUGACGACCGAAAAUGGCAGAGGAUACUAUGGCACUAUUCACCCGACAAGCCCGUGCAGCACUACAGUCUCAACACAGUCACGUAUGGCACAGUAUCUGCACCCUUCUUAGCUAAUGCCUGUAUGCUGGAGCUUGCAACGCAGGAAGCUGAGAUAUUUCCUCUAGGAACUCAGAUUCUUCAGUGCAAUCGAUACGCUGACGACUUCUUCGUUGGCGACGAUUUAGAGUUUAACCUGAUCACGAAGGCCGAUGAACUUGUGAAAAUACUCAAAUCAGCCGCCAUGGACGUAGGAAAGUGGGCAUCAAAUUCGAGAGCUGUAAUUGAACAAUACAGUUCUGUUUCCUCUGAAUCCAUUGAACUAAAAGCGCCAACCAAUUCGCCAGUCUCUGUGCUGGGCCUACUAUGGACACCGAGCACCGAUGCGCUUCACUACCACGUCCCUGCAGUGUCUACGGCGGAAGCAACGAAACGUGGAAUCCUCUCGGCGGUCGCCAAAUUGUACGAUCCGCUCGGCUUCCUUUCUCCAGUCAUCAUACGAGCAAAAAUUCUCCUACAAGAUCUUUGGCUUCUCGGCAUAGACUGGGAUGCCAAACCCUCGGAAGCGACGACACAAGCCUGGCGAGAAUUUCAAGAGGACAUCACAUACGCAGCUGCUGUCUACGCCGUCAUAUACGAUGCUGCCGAUAAUCCAAUAGACUGCCAUCUGCUUAUCGCCAAAACUAAGGUUUCACCGAUAAAGGUAUUGAACAUACCCCGCCUAGAAUUACAAGGAGCAGUCUUGCUCGCUCGACUCGUCAAUUUCGUCAACACGAGCUUGCAGCAAGCACCUUCGCUCACAUACUGCUGGACAGACUCCAAUAUAGUUUUGGCAUGGCUGCGUAGUCAUCCUUCUCGUUGGAAAACGUUCACUGCCAACCGUAAUCUCAGCCAAACUCCUCACGCACUGUGGUGGCAUGGACCCACAUGGCUCUUAGAGGAUCCAAGCACCUGGCCUCCAGAGUCGUCGCAGGAAUCGCAGACCGACGCCGAGCAGAGAACUUCAACACUCUUCUCCACCGUGAACAAUCAUGACGAGACAGAUUGGCAAAAUUGGUUCAAAAAAUUCUCCUCAUUGCACAAAAUCGUGAGGAUCCUAGCAUACACGGCCAGAUUCCAAAAUGAGGCCACAAAAGGCCUGGAAAAUCGUACGGGUUAUCUAACUGCCCAGGAGAUGGCUGCUGGUCAGGAGCGACUAUGGCGCAUAAUUCAAUACAUCCACUUUCGUGCAGAAAUUGAUGCGCUCACGAAAGGUACAACUGUCUCAUCGUCAAGCCCGAUGAAAAGACUCAACCCUUUCAUCGCUGCUGACGGUCUCUUACGCGUAGGCGGACGGCUCGAGCGAUCAUCAUUGUCGGAAAGCGAAAAACACCCAAUAAUUUUGCCGUCUAAGGAUCAUGUCAUGCGCCUUUUAGUACACGACACCCAUCUGCUAACUUUACACGGAGGUCCUCUGCUCACACAUAGCACCUUAGGGCGCAAGUUUUGGGUACUGCGUGCCCGUAACUUCAUUCGUGGUGAAGUGAGAAAAUGCACCACUUGUGCGCGCUACAAAGCUCGCACUCUGUCGCAAGCGAUGGGAUCCCUUCCACCAGAACGAGUUCAGCCUACGCGUCCAUUCACUAAUACCGGAGUUGAUUAUGCCGGGCCGAUUUGGUACAAAGCUUCACCUGGACGAGUACGGAAGGCCCUGAAGGGCUACCUUGCUGUUUUUGUAUGCAUGACCACGACGGCCGCCCACCUUGAGGUUGUUUCAGAUUAUUCUACAUCCUCUUUCCUCGCUGCUUUUCUCCGCUUUGUGUCACGCCGAGGCCUAUCCCGCCACCUUUUCAGCGACAAUGGCACGAAUUUUCGAGAAGCAGACGCUGAGCUCAAGAACCUCUUCCGUAACACUUCUCCAGUUGGACAGAAAAUCGCCGCAUCAUUGGGUCAACAAGGGAUCGAGUGGCAUUUCACGCCACCUUACGCGCCAAACUUCGGAGGUCUUUGGGAGGCCACCGUCAAGUCGUGCAAGGGACACCUAAAGCGAGUCAUCGGAGAAAAUCUCCUCACUUAUGAAGAACUCAUCACACUCGUCAUUCAAAUUGAAGGCUGUCUGAACUCAAGGCCCCUAGGCUACUUGAGCUCCAACGACAAGGACCCCAUCGCCUUGACACCGGGCCACUUCCUCAUCGGAUCUGCGAUCAUCUCCCUUCCAGAUAAGAUGAAAAAUGCCCCGUCUUGUCUAACUGCCAAAUGGGAAUUAGUGCAGAAGAUGCGAGACGAUUUUUGGGCCCGCUGGAGCCAAGAGCAUCUUACAUAUAUGCAGCAGCGUUCAAAGUGGAUAAAACCACAGCCGAAUGUACAAAUCAAUCGACCAUCCUUUGAAAGAAGAUCGGCAGCAUUAGCCUGCAGACGCUUCCGGGGUACUCACUCCUACGAUAAAGUUUCUGAAAUUCUUUUUGAUAUCAGCGACGAAUAUGAUCUCAACAACAACAAAGUUGUCGGAACAGUUACGGACAACGGUUUUAAUUUUGUAAAAGCGUUUCGAGUAUUUGGCACUAGUGACGAUAUUUCGGUUGACAACGAAGAUGGAAUGGAGCCAAUCGAUCUCGAAAACGCUUUGCAAGAUGGUAUAAGUUUUUUGACAGACGAUUAUAAUUCAAGUGAUGAUAAACCAGAGUCAGCUAAUCGUCUUGAUGAAGAAUUUAACAUCGAGUCGUCCACGUUGCCUGAUGAUGUAAUAACGUUAUCUCGUCAUUUUCAGUGCGCUAGUCACACGCUAAAUUUGAUUGCAAAAACAGAUACUGCCAAAUUCAUGAAACUGAAUGAACAAUUUGAAACUGUUCAUUCGGAUGUUGUAGAAAAAUGCGAAAAGAUAUUUGCUGUGGAAGACAUUGGUGAGUUCACAGCAAUUGCCGCUUUGACUCACCCAGUCUACAAUAAAGAUUGGGUGAAAUGUUUGUCGACGCAAGCUCAAAACAAUGUCGAGCGACUAAUCCACACCAAAGAUCAGUUUUCGCAAAAGCCAACCUCCCCUACAGUCCUGCCAGACCCUUUCGUUUUCUAUGGAGAAGCUGGACAGCCAACGAAUCUAGAUAAGAUUAUUACAAUGAAAACUGGAUGUACUGAGCUCUUGAGAUUCUUGGCGGAACCUCCAGUGACUAAUUUAUUAGAUCUAAACAGAUUUCCAAAGAUAAGAAAAAUUUUUCUCAAGUUCAACACAAUUUUACCUUCGUCAGCACCCGUAGAGCGUCUAUUCUUCUAUGCGACAAUGUUGAAUUUACCGAAGUACAAUCGAUUAUCAGAGAGUAACUUCGCUCUUUUCAAUCUCAACAACUCGUCCGUAUGUGAUCGCUUGUGGUAA